CAACCUUCCAGGAAGUGCAAGCUGUACCAGUAAAGCGAUAUGUGCAGCCUGGAAUAAAUAUAAAAAAAGAUAUAAAAAUAUGAAGUAACUGGUCUUUAUGUUAGUAUGGUAAACUGUUGACUUUUAAAGUGAAUCUAGAGCAGGGAAAUGCCUUUGUUUGUUCAAAAAAGAGGAGUUGACUGCUUAACCUCGUCAGCGGAACUCUUCGACAGAUACCCACAUUUGCAGGAAAAUGCACGAGCAUUUCGUUCCAAGCCAUUCGUUGACGUUGACCCAAAGUGCCUCCUGUACGUCCAACAAAGAGAGUUUGCUGCAACAACACCAGCAGACAAUUGUGUUUCAGUCAUUGGAUCUGAUGAUGCCACCACCUGCCAUUUGGUUGUGCUGCGACACACCGGUAGUGGAGCUGUUUGCAUUGCUCACUGUGAUGGCUCCAGCACCUGGUCUGAAGUCCCGCUCCUUGUGAAAACUGUCACAUCAUUGAGUAACGUCAGUAAGGAGGGCAGACUUGAGCUCCAUCUUGUCGGGGGAUUUAACGAUGAGUCGAAGACAUCUCAUAAACUCAGCCUUAGCAUAUUGGCAGCCUUCCACAAACAGAAAGAAGAUAUUCAUCUGGAAACAUGUUGCAUCACAGGUGAUUUUGAUAUGACUUGUUUCAUGUUGUUCAGAAAUAUCUCAGCAGCUCUUCCUUCACCUAACCCAACCCAACUGUUUUCUGUCAUUGCAGAAAUGAAUGACAUUGUUGUCGAGGGAACUAAUAGACCCGUAAUAUAUGGGAUAGGUGUAAAUGUUAAAACAGGAGAAGUGUUCCCUGCCUCAUUUCCUCAGAAAGGACCUGCAGAGGAGCUGCGUUCAGCACGGACCUUCACUGGGGGACAGAUGGCUGAGAUAUACGACUCAAGCCGGGGACUUGUUAAAGUCGGCCCUUGCAAAUGGUCUCCCAACCUGGAUAUUGCCUUCUGGUUGGCACAAGAUGAUGAUACAAUCUUAAAGUACUUGUCCACCUCUCCAAUGGCUGAACCACCCCACUUUGUCCAGCACAUGAAGUCUACCAUCCAGUUCCUUUUACAUCACCCCAAUUCUGACAGUCUGUUCCCCGGGGGUCAGCCACAGCUCUACCACAGGACUGAGCGGGGGGACUGGGAGAGGGUUGUGCAGUCGUAGAGCCCCGGUACCUCCUUCCAAUAAUUCUUAACAAGGAACCUGACUGUUUUUGCCUCUCAGCUUAAUGGAUACACUGUGACCCAUCCGCCCGCUGUCUGUUUUAUGUUCAUCGUGUCUUAACGUGGGGGUUAACCCCUGACUGGACCUUACGUGUGAUGAAUGGCUCUCCUGACUCAUCUGGCUGGCCCAGUAGAGAGAGUAAAUGAAGUACAAGUGAUUCUGCUCAUGCCUGUUACAGUUUCCCUUCUUGUGAGGUGGUAUAAAGUCUGCACCUUAACACCACAUCUUGUGUUGCAGCAAGUCAAAGUUAAUGUUUUGAUUGACUGGGCAAAUUAUUAACAUUGUUGUCUUAUUAUAUUUUUAGCCCAUUAACUACAACUGCUGGUCUUUUUCCAGUUUUUAUAUUGAUUUCCUACUUUACAUACUGUCAUUGUUCUCUUUAUACCUGUACAGAUUGAAAAUCAACUUGCAAAAUUCAUUUAAUUCACUUUAUAUUUUUGUCAGCCACGUACUAUCUGUUACUGUUUUGCCAGAAAAUCAAACCUUAUCUAUCUCAAGAAAAUUUCAUCCUAUGAAAAACAUCUUAAAAACAAUACAUUUCUAGGGUAUGAAAUGACAGAUCAUUCUAAAUAUAUGCACAAUAUGUAGUUAAUGGGCUAAAACAUUUAAAACUAUCUGUAUGGCCCUUUUUUAAAAUGUAGAGUUUGGCCUAAUGAAAAUACCAUAAGGCAUAAAUGUGUUUUGACACUUUGUUGAACACAUUGAAGAGAAUACAAAGUACAUGACUGUGCUCUGCUGAGACACUGAGCAGACAAAUGCCCCUUCCUGAUGAGUGGAAUAUGCAGCUUCAUCACAUGCUCUACAUACUGCUGUAUACUCAGCUAUGAAUGUGUGUUUAUCUGCAUGUGUAAAUGUGUACAGUGCUCUUCUGCAAGGAUGGGUUCUUGACAAAUGCAACAAUGUAUGAUGUUAUUAGCUUUGUCUUUCUUUUUCUUUUUUUUCAAACCGUAAACAAAUUAGAUUUCUGAGCAACAUCUAAUACGGGAUAAGGCCUUUUAAUCAGUUGUGUUAAGGUUGCAAGGUGCUUAAAGCAUUCAGUGCAACUUGUUGCAACUUGUGAACAAACUGUACCUGAUGUGAAAUAAAUGUAAAUA